AGAGGCGGGGAUGUAGCCACAGUGACUCAAGCUUUCACUCGUUGCGGAUAGUUCCUGUCUGGAUUGUUUUCCUUCCCCAUUUUCACCCAUUCUCUGUUGGCCCCUCCCUCCUCCCAGUGACGCAGCUGCUCAAUCGGAGUGAGACCAGUUCAGUUUCCUAUCAGAGGGGAAGCAGCAACCAAGGACGACAACAACGUGGAGUGAGCGAGAUUGGGACAACAACAGCGCGACUCCGUCGAUAUUAGCUACUUUCCAUCGCUGUGCAGUCGAUUUUGGAAGCGAUGGAGGAACUCCAGGAUGUUCAACUGACUGAGAUUAAACCACUCCUAACAGAUGGGAACUCUGCGAGGAACUUCCAGGAUUUCGACUGUCAGGAACAUGACAUUGAAACUGCGCAUGGUGUGCUGCAUGUAACCAUGCGAGGUACCCCAAAGGGGAACAGACCUGUCAUUUUAACCUACCACGACAUAGGCCUCAACCACAAAUCUUGCUUCAACACAUUGUUCAACUAUGAGGACAUGCAGGAAAUCACACACCACUUCGCUGUUUGUCACGUGGAUGCCCCUGGACACCAAGAAGCAGCCCCACCUUUCCCAUCGGGAUACCAGUACCCAACCAUGGAUGAGCUGGCUGAUAUGCUGCCUACCGUCUUAACCCAUUUAAACAUACAGACUGUAAUUGGAAUUGGAGUUGGGGCUGGUGCUUACAUCCUAACCAAAUUUGCACUGAAUCAUCAAAAUUUCGUGGAGGGACUUGUCCUUAUCAACAUUGACCCAUGUGCUAAAGGCUGGAUGGACUGGGCUGCAUCAAAACUUUCCGGAUGGACAACCAACCUGGAUGACAUUGUGCUGGCUCAUCAUUUCAGCAGUGAGGAGCUGGAAACCAACUUGGAGCUGAUCCAGACCUACCGACUUCACAUCUCCCAGGACAUCAACCAGGAAAACCUUCAUCUCUUCGUCGACUCGUACAACAGCCGUAGAGAUCUGGAGAUUGAACGACCUGCUCUUGGUGUCAAUGAAGUGACUGAUAAAACUCUGCAGUGCCCUUCUUUGCUGGUUGUUGGUGACACCUCUCCUGCAGUGGAGGCAGUGGUGGAGUGCAAUUCUAGGCUAAACCCAACCAACACAACAUUGCUGAAGAUGGCAGAUUGUGGAGGGCUUCCACAGGUUGUUCAGCCUGGUAAGCUGACCGAAGCCUUCAAGUACUUUGUGCAGGGGAUGGGUUACAUGUUUCACAGUCAUUUGCCAGCAGCCGGUAUGACCAGACUAACCCGGGCCCGCACCACCUCCACCUCAAGCGUGGGAUCUGGAGAUGCCGCCCGCAAUCAGUCGCCUGCCAACAACCAGGCUGAAGUCAUCGGGAACAGUGAAGCAGCCCAGGGAAGACCUCAAACCAUGGAGGUCUCCUGUUAAAACCAGCAACUUCAGUCGUUUAUUUAUUUGUCUUUUCUUUUCCUGAUUCAAGAGGUCGUCAACGUGGCUGAGUCGCAGCCUUAAAAGAAAAUGGGAGAAACCCAACAAGGGAGAGCAAGUUUCCUUGUUUAAUUGUGUCUCUUUAGUGCAUGCCUGACUCAGUGGUUGAUGCUCUCAUACAGUAGAUGAUGUUUUCAUUUUUCUGGAAUUUUCAUGUUUUAGCGGUACUUGAAUGCGCAAUGUUACGUUCCCUAAUUCCGUGUGUGUUAACCAAAGCAACUCGUUUUCCCUGGAUUUAAAGGGGCAGUGCCAGAGUUCUCUCCCCUCCCAACCCCCAUGGCUAUAACUAAGGGAACAAGCCAACAGGAUAAAAGCAAAAUGCUGAGGAUGCUGGAAAUCUGAAAUAAAAACAAGAUGCUGGAGAAACUCAGCAGGUCAGGCAGUGUCUGUGAGGUGAGAGAAAGAGUUAAUGUUUCAGAUUGAUGGUCUUUCAUCAGAACUAUUCGUGGCCUCGAAAUAUUAACUGUCUCUCUCUCCGCAAAUUCGGCCAGACCCGUUUGUGUAUCUUUAGCACAUUCUUCAGGGCAGGCAGCCAGCCGUUUUAUUUUUAAUUCUACAAUAAGGUUCUUUUCCUAGCUUUUCAGAAGAUUUUUUUUUCUCUCCCCGGGUCGGAAGAUUGAGUCUGGAUCCCAAGACAGGUUUGAAUUCCGAACCUAAAUUGACACUGCAGCCAAGACUCCCAAGUGAGUGAAUCCACAGUGAGAGGCACUGGCGUCCUUUGGGUGAGACCUUUGAAGCCGAGGUCUCAUCCUGUUCCCGUGCAGGUUGUGAAAAGAUCCUUCAGGAAUGCCCAGCAAGUCCUGGUGUUCCUAGCUCGCCUUGCCUCAGGCAACACCAACAGAAAUCUGAUUGCUGUUUGUGUUGGGGGAGGUGGGGGGGGGGGGGAGGGUGCUUUCUGCUGCGGAAUGGGAACCAGAAAAGUUGCUGAUGCACUUUGAGAUCCCAUUUAUUAUUUGCCAUUGCAAGGACAGAUAUAGAACCCCUGCAUUGUUCGGCAUUGCCAGUAGGCUGGCUGGAAUGCAACAUGAUGCAAAACCACCAUCCCCGCCCCCCCUCGAUGUUUAGAGCUGCAUUUCUGAGUUGGAAUGAGCUACAUCGGAGUGUGUUGGUUAUUUUUGUGUUUGUUUGGCGCAACACUCUGUCCACCUGACCGAAGCCUGUGGUUACAGCCUGGUCACAGUUUGAUGCCAUGGUAGGAUACUGUUAUUGGGAACAGCUUUAGACUGUUCUUAGGUUUUCCCAUUUACGCCUUUGUAUUCCCCUCCCUUCCCUCCAAUUGUAAAUGCCCCUUUAAAUGCUAAAUUCUAAUUCAUUUGCCCUCUGCUUCUUCCUGCACCUUCUCUCGCUUUCUGCGUAGGAGAUUUUGAGUUUGAUUUUUUUUUUUGUUUUUGCCUUGUCGCUCACAAUACAGUGAGAUGACUGCAGCAGGUGCAAGUCAGGACCCCACUCCCCAUGUGAUCAGUGUCUGUGUUCAUCUCUUGUGCAGCUUUUAUUUGUGUUUGUUUUCCACAUGGCUGAAGCGCUAGCUUGAAAAGUUUUAAAAAAAAAAUUAAAAACCUACAGGCACAAAAGCUAGUCGUGUAAGCUUGUAGUGUCUGUGUGCAGGUUUGUUGUAAUAAAUUACAGACAUUUGACACUGUAGCUGUCUUUCGGAGACCCAGAGGUGAGCAAAGUGGUGACUUUGAAAUAAAGACAAAGCUCUGGCUAGAAUUGA